AAGGAGGAGGAGCCCCAGCAGCUCCACCCACUGCAUUGUGACAACGAAGCUUCGGAUAAUACUAAUGCCAGUACUGUACCUGAAUUGUCUUCUAAUAACAAACCAAGCAAGAUGGCAGCUGAAGGUGCAGUGAUUUGUGGAGACAAAAGUACCACAAACCCUGACAUUUCUCCACCUCAACAGCCCCCAGCAGAAAAUGGUGUUAAAUCAGGGCUGCCUGUAAGUAAAGGGGGGAGCCAUCCAGAACGCAGCAGAAAGCCCCAUACGGAACAGGUACAGGGAAGUGACCCCUCUAACCCUGUUAUAAUCUGCAGCAUGGCAAACAGCACGGCACCUAAAUAUUUAUCCAACACUCUCAAACCCAAUCUGACUUCUCGUAAGAAACGAAGCCAAUCAGAGUGCGGUAUUAAAACACUUCCAGAACAGAUACGAGCCACGGGCGCACCUACGUCUACCCCAGGACGCAGCCUGAACUCCGCAUUUCCGCUGAAUUAUACUUCAAGGGCUAUAAAAGAGGAACCGAUUUCGUGGCAAGGCAGAAGCCAUUCAGGUCGCAGCGUUAAUCCUCUGGCAGAACAGAUAGAGAAGGCAAACACAUUUGCGCCCAUCAUGGGGUACAGCUUUAAGAACAGCUUGGCAGCUAAUUAUUACUUAAAUGGGAUUAAAGAGGAAGCGAGUUCAGGAGGAAGCCAUUCGAUUUGCAGUAUUAACCCCCUUACAGAACAGAUACAGAGAAAUAAACUGGCAGCUCCCGUAAUGGGAUGCAGCCUAAACAACAGAGCGGCAGCGAACCAGUCCCACGGAUACGGUAAAAAACUGGGUGCUAACGCCACGUGUUCCCCUCCUCUCAGCACGCCCCUGUUACAGGUGAUGUACUGCUGCGCCGUAUGCCACGCACGCUUCGCCAGCUACAAAGAUCUGGUCAGCCAUCUGAUAACUCACACGGAGGAAAAGCCGAUUUCCUGCUCAAUCUGUGGGAAAAGCUUUAAGCGCCACGCAGAGUAUAUCCGCCAUCAGAAAAUUCACACGGGGGAGAAGCCGUUUAUCUGCUCCGAGUGUGGCAAAUGCUUCAAGCAGCGCUCGGAACUGAAUCUGCACCGAAGGACACACACGGGAGAGAAGCCGUUCUCCUGUUCCGAGUGCGGGAAAUGUUUUAAGCGGCGCUCGAUCGUGGUGGAACAUCAGAGGAUUCACACGGGGGAGAAACCGUUCACUUGCUCGGAGUGCGGCAAAUGUUUCACACAGCGCUCGCACCUUAUUGUGCACCGAAGAACUCACACGGGGAAGAAGCCGUUCUCUUGUUCUGUGUGUGGGAAAUGUUUUACGCGACACUCGCAACUCAUUCUGCAUCUCAGAACCCAUACGGGAGAAUAAAAGGAGAGUGAAUGUGUCACAUGUUAUGUAA